CCACGUCGGACUCCGAGCCCAAAACGGAUAUAGUCUUCAGUCUCCAAUUUCAAAUAGAGCUUCCUGAACGGCACGUGCCCUUCCUUCUUUUCGAGCAAUCCAACUGAAAAGGAAGUAACUCCUCGUUGACAAUGGCAGCCAAAUUCCUGACUGUUUGCUCCCUUCUGGCCAUUGCUGGCUCUUGCUGUGCAGGAUUUGCCGCCACCUACGCCGGCUACCAUCCAGCUUAUGCCACUUACCAGGCUCCAACCGUCUACCAUGCCGCUCCUGUUGCCCAGGCUGCUGUAUACCAUCAGGCCGCUCCCGUCCUGACCAAGACGGUGCUGCCAGCUGCUCCCGUUUACACCAAGUCCUAUGCCUUGCCCGCUCCCUUUGUGAAGACGGUGGCUGCUCCUUACGCCCUUCCAGUGGCAGCUCCUGUGGUUAAGACUCUGUCUGCUGCUCCAGUGGUGGCUUCUGCCCCAGUAGUGGCUGCUGCUCCUGUUGUGAAAACUGUGGCUACCGCCCCUGUUUUGGCCGCUGCUCCUCUGGUCAAGCAAGUGGAACUGGAAUCCUCGCCAAGGUACGACUUCUCUUACGGAGUUCACGACAGCAUCACUGGAGACAUUAAGAGCCAGGUGGAGACCCGUGACGGUGGCAACGUGGUUGGAUCCUACUCCGUCCUGGAUGCUGACGGAUACAAGCGCACGGUGACCUAUACCGCCGACGACAUCAACGGAUUCAACGCCGUGGUCCAGCGUGAGCCUGUGGUGGCCGCUCGUGCCGUUGCUGCUCCAGUGGUUUCGGUGGCUGCUCCAGUGGCCCCUGUUUCCGUCCCUGUUCCCGUUGCCGCUCCUGCUCCCGUGGCCUCCUUCUCUUCGCCAAUCUACUAUCCCCAGCAGCAGGUGUUUGCCCCCCAGGAAGUUCAGCAGCAACAACAGGGAGAGGUUGUAGAGGCCCCAGUUGCCACUCAGCCCGAACUAGAGCCCACGCCCGUUGACUACAACGAGGAGCAACAGCAACAGGAGCAGCAGCAACAGCAGCCGGAGCAGAGCUAUCCCCAGGAUCAGCAGUUCCCGCCCUACUCUCCCGCCGCCCCUGUUGCCGAUAGCGAUGAUUCCGAUGUGGUGGAGGCACGAUCUGCCCCCGAGGCCAGCAGCACCACCUCCACCACGGCGGCCCCAGCGCCAGUCACCGAGGAGGAGACCAAAAAGACGGCUUAGAUUGCGAUUCAACCUUCCAAACUGACGAUUACAAUACGAAAACAAAUAUAAAAAACGUACAAUAUAAUAAAUGGAAUUUUAUUUAAAUUGCUUUGAAUGUGGGAUUUUUUUUUAAUUCUAUAAGAAGUUAAUUAAAAGUUGUUCAAAUAUAUUUGCGCACAAUUAAUUUAAUUAAUUCCUUUAAGCUACGCAUGAAAACAUAUUAAUCGGCUUAAGCUAUAAAAGCGCAAUAAUAAGUUAGCAAAUAAACAAAAAAUAUAUGUUUUUCAGUCAGA